AUGGUGGUUGUCCAGGAAAACGCAGCUCCGAACGACCCGAAUCAGCCGUGGAGAGCCCUCGUUCCGGGCAAUGGUGUCGAACUCGUCAUCAAGGACAUGACCAAAUCCUUCCAGAGCUAUAAGACGCUUGAAGCGGCGGGAUUUCCACUCUCAGCUUUCGAAGACGCCAAGUUCAUGCCGAUUGCAGGGCCGAUCAUGCCGGACCACAGCCAGAAGCGAAGUUCCAGCUCAGCUUGA